AUGUGUUAUGCGCGGGCGCCGAAACCACCCGCUCUCGGAGUGCAGCCACCGCUCCCUUCCAACCCUCCCGAAGACGAUGAGGUGAACAUUCUCGCCAAGCUCAAGGCGCCGACGGCAUCGCACAUCACCACUCAGAACAUACCCUUCACCGACCUUCCGCCAGAGAUUCGUAACCGCAUCUACUCACUCGCUCUGCCAUCCACGACCGCCGAACUCAUCAUCGCCACCCCUUUCCGCGACGAAGCGAUGACGUUGGGCAGUCAGCCAGCACUCACGAAGACGAGCCAACUGAUCCGCACGGAAGCGCUGCCGAUGUUUUAUGCCAAUGCGACCUUCACCGCUUACAUCGAGAACGCCGGUUUCACCGAGCUCUCGAAGUGGUGCAAGCAAGCCCAAGAGAUCACCGCGUCCAUCGACGUCCCCUACAUCAACAUCAAAGUCAAGCUGCUCGGAGAGAUUGGCUGCGUCUGCGACCUCCUUGGGUUAGUGAAAGAGCUGGGAUCGACCGACCUUGCACGUUUCAAUUUCGGUGUUCCCAGCGCCAGCAACACGAUUCUAGCGCCAGCCAAGUUUUACAGUACCAGGGGACUGCGACUGAGGCGGGCCUUCGUGCACAAUUCGACCAAAGCUUCGGAACGUUCGAUGGAUUUCCUUGCUACCUCGUACAUUGUGAGUGUCUUGUCCAUGAGAAUUGGAUGA